AUGCAUGGAAUUCUGCCGCCAAUCCCUCGCGGAUUGGAGGACAGGUCUGCUCGUCAAGCGUGCCUGGUUGCACGUGUGUCGGCUCGCAGCUCCGCGCUUGCCGGCCUUGACGAUCUGGAUCGCCAGAACCGUGAGGUUGCAUUAGCUGCUGUUUCCGCCAAUGGCAUUGCGCUGCAGUGGGCACCAGAACGGUUCAGAAAAGACAAAGAGGUGGCGCUUGCUGCAGUUUCAAGUGCAGGAUAUGCGCUCAAGUAUGUUGGCAAGGAGUUGCGGAGUGAUCCAGAAGUGGUUUAUGCGGCCAUUCGCCAAAAUGCCUUAGCCUUACACUUUGCCUCGCCGCGUUUACAGCGAGACAAGGAUCUUGUCCUUGAAGCCUGUCGAAGAGAUGUGGCCGCGCUCAACUUUGCUGCUGACCACCUUCGUGAGGACGAUCACUUUCGCAGCACUGCUGGAGUUGAAUUCCCAAGCAUCGAUCAUUUUGCUGCUUCGGUAAGUUCAGUGACUUCCUGUUCGUCAAGGAGUUGGUUCAGUGCUUCCACCUGUGAUGGACGAUGGCCGUCGUUCACACAGUGGAGCUACCGCCCCUACUUGGCCUUUUUUCAGCAGUCAGUGCGCAUGGAAGGUAUCAUCUCAUGUUCGUUCAAGCACGGCUUUCGUUCUGCCUUGUCAGUCGUAUGUCAUAUGGAUGAGAGACAAAAUUUAGGCAGCAUCCACGGCAAAGUCCAUCAGCUCCGCGGCGGAAGCUGA